AAAAGUUACAAGAAUUGUGAGAAUUUUGAAGAAGAAUUAAGAGGAUUUGAAGAAGAUGGCUAAGAUGCAAUUGAUUUUGGUUGGAGUGUUUUUUGUAUUAUCAAUAGGAAGAGUUGGUGCUUCUUGUUUUUCAACAAUUUAUAGUUUUGGUGAUUCAUUAACUGAUACAGGAAAUGAAAUCAUUUCAAAUCCUUUAGUUUAUCAUCAAUUCAACACUCUUCCAUAUGGAGAAAAAUAUUUUGGAAAACCUACAGGUCGUUGUUCUAAUGGACGUCUUUUGAUCGACUUUUUAGCGGCUUCUUUAGAUUUGCCUUUCCUCCCACCUUAUCUCAAAGUGGGAAGGAUGCCAUUCUCUUCAAGGUCCACAGGAGUAAAUUUUGCAAUAGCAGGUUGUACUGCAUUGGAUUCUUCUUUCUUACAUAGUAUGGGUGUUGUCACUACAACACCUUUAUCUCUAAGUGCUCAAAUCAAUUGGUUCACAAAUCUAAAAAACGACACUUGUAAACAAAAUCCUGGAUGCCAAGAUCACUUUUCAAAGGCAUUGUACUUUUUUGGUGAGAUAGGAGCCAAUGACUACAUAGAUUCUACUGCACUUUACAAACCAUUGUCACAAAUACAAGGUUUUACCUCUCCUAUCAUAGCUCAGAUCCAAACAUCUUUAGAGGCUCUUAUUCAACAAGGAGCUGAAAAUAUUAUCGUUCAAGGAAUUCCACCAUUGGGAUGCUCUCCAUUAAUCCUUACACUGCAACAAAAUUCCACAGAUUUUGAUGAAAAUGGGUGCCUACAAUCUUACAAUCAAAUUUCUCAAAACCACAAUUCAUUAUUGCAAAUAGCAAUCGAACAGUUGAAUGAUAAAUAUUCCACAGCCAACAUCGUAUAUUCAGAUUACUACAACAUUGCUUUAGAUAUUCUCAAGAAUGCAGCUAAGAAUGGUUUUGAAGAAACUUUUGAGACUUGUUGUGGAAGUGGGGGAGGAAAAUACAAUUUUAACAUUCUUGGGAUGUGUGGUACGAGUAAUAACGUGAAAGCUUGUUCGGAUCCAUCAAAAUUCGUCAAUUGGGAUGGAAUACAUCUCACCGAAGCUGCUUAUCAAAUUGGUUCUGAUUCUAUUUCAAACUUAGUCCAAAAAAUGUGUUAAUGAAUAGUGAAACAAUUUUAGAGAGUUAACUAGGAUAGGGCAACAAUUUUAGAGUUAGCUAGAAUAGUGCAAAAAUGUGUUCAUUCGUAAUGAAACAAUUUUAGAGAGUUACUUAGAAUAGACGUUAGUUUAUGGAGAAUUCUAUUUAAAAUAUGUAAUAAUUCUAUUAUAUUUUCAGAUUAAUAUUAAAUGCUGAACUAUUUGCACA